AUGCCGGAUAAGCUGAGAGAUGGCGUUCAACGGGAUGAAAAUGGACACUUUCAAAUUGACGAAGCAGUCCUUGGAGCCCUGUGCAAUGGUUCAUUGUAUGCGCAAGCUGCUGCUAAGAUAUUCAAGGAGUCAGCACUAGUCACGAAAGGACAUGGAGCCGUGCUCGCCGUGCUCACCGAUUACGGAAUUGAUGUUCUUCAUGAUGGGAAUGAGUUGGUUGAAGAGUCACAGCUGAUUGCAUCAUCACCGUUUAAUAUGGUAAUUGAAAUUUUAAAAUUGAAAAAAUCGAUGAAUGUGGAAUUUUCAGUCCGCCCAUCUUGCAAUCAUAGAUGCAUUGAUGAUGGCACACCUACGAGACACCCAAAAACCAAAAAUCUCUUUUCCAGCCGCCACACCGCCGUGGAGCCUAGCGAGAAACCAAUCGAUAUACGAGAUGAUGUGGAACGAGAAGAUUCUGUAACAAAUAUUCCGGAGAUGGAGGAUCUAUAUGAAGAUAUUUCUGAUGGCCAAUGUCUUUGCGCACUUUUGCAUUGGUAUAGGCCCCAGGAAAUGCCGGUGGCUGAUAUUUCAUUUAAUGAAGCAGCGACUACGCGGGACUGCCAGUACAAUUUGAUGCUGUUGCAACAAUUCUGUCACCACCACCUUGCCAAUGACCCAUUCCACUUUGAGAUCGAAGACCUCCUCUACCUACGUGACUCACUUCAAAUGAAUGUGAACGCCUUCUUGGCUGACCUUUUUGUCCAAUUCGAACCGCCAGUCACACCAGAACCAGUCGAAACACCACGCGUUGGACCUUCUCCGAGACGAUUUGUACCGGCAUCGGCGAUUCCUGACUUGAGAGCUGCCAAUGCUGCUGCACGAUCAUCAAUGCACAAUCGGAAUCGGCCCAGGAUGUAUAAUCCCCCACCUCCGGCAUCGCAUUCUCAAGGGCCAUCAAGAUCGGUCAGCCGGAUGAGUCAGGAUAGUUUGUUCUAUUCUCGACCAGCUUCCAUUACUCUACAAAGGAGAAGUAUGGAUCAGGACUCGGUUACGGAUUUUCAGACUAUCCGUCAGGGCUUUGAAAAUCAGGCGGGCACUGCCCAGCUGAAUCGGUACGAUGGCAGUGUAACAGCAUCUGUACGACUUGCGAUGGAAGAAAAACGACGAAAACACGACCAGCAGAUGGCACAAAUGAACUCUGCAAAUGAGACCGAACGAUUAGAGAAGAGCAAGGCGGCGUUUUUUGCCCUGCGAGGAAAAAAUGAGAACGAUCAGGGAAACAAGGGAAAAGAGGAGUGGUAUGAUCAUUUUGAGGCGAAAUUGAGAGCGUUGGAGCUGCGAGUGGGAUUAGAGGAUGGAGAGGAUGGGACACAAUCAGCGAGAUUGAACAGAGCAUCUUCACAGCCAAGUGUGGUGCAAGCCGCCGGUCAACCAUACCCAGCCAACUACAUGACACUUCCCAUGAACGCAGCUGCACAAAUGACACAGUCCUACAUCCAACACCCUCAAACGCCACACGACUACUACAUGCAGCAGCAAUUACAACAACAGCAGCAAGCACAAGCUCAGGGUAACUAUGCGAGCCCAUCUCAGGUUAGUACCAAAGCUUUAAAAACUCUAUAUAUUUAUGUUUUUCAGUUGCGAAACAGUUUGAGCAACGGAAUGAUCAAUCAUGCUGGUUAUAUGGUUCAAUCGAUGUAUCCUGGUGAUUAUCAGCAGCAGCAAAUGCAGAUGCAACAAGGACAGAUGCCGGUUCAGCCAGUUGGAGCUUAUACACCAGAGGGAUACUUUAUUCCACAUCAUAUGCAGCCUAUUUCAGUUCAACAAGGAUAUCCACCGAUGCAGCAAGCUGGAAUGGGUUUCAACGGGAUGGCUGCCACCAAUCAACCAGGCUACAAUUUGGACGGAUCACCAGCGCAGAUGGGCUAUAUUCAAACGGCGAAUAAACCGUUAGACAUGGAGAUGCCGAUGCAACAACAACCACCAAUGCCUCAACAACAACAAGCGCAGCAGCAGAUGCUCCCGCCAAAUCACAACGCCUUCCAUCUGCAUUCCAAGAGUGAUGAUGCCACACAAGCGGAUCCACCACUUGAAAUCAAUCGAAAUUUGACAAAUUGGGGAAUGACUUACAAACAAGAGAUGCCAGCAAGAUCAAUCCCGUCUAGGAGAACUUGGCAGAACGAGACGUUCAUUAAGAAUGAGCUUGACCUGGUGAAUAGCAAGGAAUCAGUGCCACAUAUCACUGAUGAGACUACUACACAACCCGAAGAAGCAGCUAGACGAUUCCCCGAGCUGAUGCUAGACAAUCACUCGGAAAAUUUGGCUCCAGGACGUAACUACAGUAGACAUAGUGAUCGUGAUGAUCUCUCCACUGGCCGAAAAUCUGAUGACAGUCCUACAGAUACCCCUGGUCGCACGUUCGGCGACGAUGAGUUGACAGGGGAGAAUAUGGAAAAGAUUGCCGCAGAACGACGCAUUGCCAAGAAAGCAGCGCUCAUCGCAAAAACAAUGAAACGAAAAGAGGAAAUUGAAACAAAAGUUGAUUUAGCCGAGCAGAGGAAUGCCGAGAGAAGACAAGUGGAGAAUGAGAAGAAGGAGUUGGCUUUAAGGAAGAAAGUGGAAAAGGAACAACAACGACAAAAAAUUCUGGAAGAGUACAAGAGAAAGAAGUUGGAGAAAGAGUUGGGAGCCGAAUUGUCAGCGAGGUCUACAGGACGGGGACACUCACAACCGCCAUUCAUUAGGACAAAAUCUCAAAUGAGUGAGGUCACCGAGUCAAGACAGAAUACUCCUAGAAUGCGGGGACAGUCGUCGGUGGAGCAAAGGGUUUCAGUGAGCAGUCUGGCGGAGCCAAGUGAGUAUUUUUGUUGUUUGGUGGGCCAAACUCACAUUUCAGCUCACAAACUAUUCGCCAAAACUGUGACCAAGUCGAAUCGAGGAUUAAUCAAUAAUGCGCUGCAAUUCAGUGUCUUUCCCGGUGCGGUCAACAAUGCUACUCGUCAAACGACGAUUGCUCAAAUGGCAUCAUCCAGCUCCAAACAUUUCCUCAUCUUGUUCCGUGAUCAAAAGUGUCAAUACCGAGGGCUGUAUACUUGGGACGAGGUCUCUGACACUGCUUGCAAAAUUUCGGGUCAAGGACCGCCAAAGUGUACCGAAGCAAUGAUGAAUAUGAUGUUUAAAUAUGAUUCUGGUGCCAAAAACUUCUCUCAAAUUGCCACUAAACACUUGUCAGCUACCAUUGAUGGAUUUGCGAUCCUCGAUCAAUAUUGGCAGAAGCCACGGAUCCCUCAUUCCGGAACACCGGCCCAUAAAAAUAAUUGA